AUGGUCUCUCAAGUCUUGGAACAAAACUCCAUUCUCCCAGAGAACACCAGAUUGAGGAAACUAGACGGAGAUGUCGGAUUUGAAUUGCAGAUCGCUUCUUCCGAUGACGGAAGUCUUGGUGUUUUGCCGUUGCCUGAUGGAAGAGGCAGCGUCAAGCUCGUGAUGGGAGACCAUGCAGCUGAGCUGGAGAAAAUGUGCGUCGAGUUAACACAUGCGGCGAACUUCGCAUCCAAUGAGCUCCAGAAAGUUUUCAUCAAAGAGUACGUCGAGAGCUUCAGGACCGGAAGUCUCGCCAAGUAUCGAGAUUCACUACGAAACUGGGUGAAGGAUAAGGCUCCGGGGAUCGAAAACAUCUUCGGCUUCGUCGAGCCGUACAGAGAUCCACAUGGAAUACGAGCUGAGUUUGAGGGUCUUGUUGCGAUUGCAGACGCCGCAGAAACAAUGAAAUUGACAAGAUUGGUCGAGAAUUCAACUCAAUUCAUCCGCAAGUUACCUUGGACCAGUCCCGAAAACGACGGAAAAGGGGUGUUUGAGAAGUCUUUGUUUGACCCACCUGAUCUCUCAAGCAUACACACGCUGGCAUAUUGCUCCAGUAUCAUAUUUCCGGGAAUCAACCUACCCAACUACAACGAUAUCAGACAAGAGACGGGAUUCAAGAAUGUCAUCAUUGCCAAUCGCAUGGUUGCGGAGAGUAAGGCACAGGAUUACCCAUUCAUCGAAGACUCCGAAGCAGCCGCAUUCCGCAAAGCUAAGUUCCCGACCUACUAUUGGUGGGUCGUUCUGCACGAGCUUCUUGGACAUGGCACAGGCCGGAUGAUGGUUGAAACGACAGAAGGGGACUAUAACUUCGACAUUCAGAACCCGCCCAUUAAUCCUCUCGAUGAUAACCCAAUCAAAUCCUGGUAUAAGCCUGGACAGACUUGGACCGGUCAAUUUGGAGAUCUCGCCACAACAGUUGAUGAGUGCAGAGCAGAGCUAGUUGGGGCGUACCUGAUGGAUGACAAAGAUCUUCUGAAAGUUCUUGGAUUUACAGAUGCCACAGACGUGACAGCUGACGAUAGUGAGAAGCCAUUGGCAAUGUUUGGCACCAUUCAGAAGGCUGACGUGCACGGUAUAGUCGCGUACAACAUGUACCAGCAACUGGGUGUGGAUGGCCUGCGUGGUCUUGCCAACUACAAUGUCGAUAGCAAGGUACGGUUGGAAGAACAUAUCUAUCAAAUUGGAAUAUUCGCUGACAUCUGCUCAUAG